CGGUUGCCAAUCCUGGAGAUUUUGGUAAGAAAAGUGAUCGGCGAUUUCUAUAUUUCUUCUUUCCAUUUGGAUUUAGUGCCGCCUUCAUAUUCGUCGCCGUCCUUUGCUCCUUUUGCUUCCCCUCUCCCCCGCCAUUGAUGAUUCCUUCAACUGCCUUUGUUUCCCAUUGAAAUCGAGCUGUUUUUGUGUUGAAAUUAUCUUAUUCGGCUAUUUCAUUUGAUUAACAUCUUUGAAUUUGAAGUGUGAUUGAUUGGAUUGCGAGUAUUUGUGUUGGGAAGAGGAUCAAGGAGUAAAAUCAGUAAUCAAAGCCUCCUGAGUCCUGACCAUUCGACUGCAAAUGUCUAUGUUGAGUAGAAGAUCAAGAAGUAAUCAGUGCAACUAGAGCCCUCCGCUUCCGGCGAUUGAUUUCGUUCGCUGGCUUUGUUUCCGAUUGAAGUCGAGUUGUUUUUCUGGACUAAAUUCGUCUGCUCUGCCUUAUCUAUUUAGUUAGCAUCCUUGAAUUUUGCGUUUGAUUGGAUUGCAAGUAUCUGAAAUUCGGCGUGGACAAGGGCAGGAGAGUAGGGGGAAAAUGGAGAAGUUUCGAUGAGUAUAAGUUGCGAUUCGCUGGAAAAUGGAGCGGAAUUACCCGUUUGAGAAUGGAGUGAUGAUGACGAGAGACCCGAAGCCAAGGCUGAGAUGGACUGCUGAUCUUCACGAUCGUUUUGUGGACGCGGUUACCAAGCUCGGUGGCCCUGAAAAAGCAACUCCCAAGUCUGUGUUAAGAUUGAUGGGUUUAAAGGGCUUGACUCUGUACCACUUGAAGAGCCAUUUGCAGAAGUAUAGACUUGGACUACAAACAAGGAAGCAAAAUGUGGCUGAGCAAAGGAAUGAAAAUAGUGGGACUGAUCUAAGGAAUUUUACAGGAGUUAGGGAAGAUGACAGAGGGAUGCAAAUUGCUGAGGCACUAAAAUCUCAGGUUGAAGUGCAGAAAACAAUACUAGAACAACUCGAGGUACAGAACAAAUUACAAAUGAGAAUAGAGGCUCAAGGAAAAUACUUGCAAGAUAUCUUAGAAAAAGCACAAAAAAGUCUCGCAGUUGCCAUUAACAGUAACCUUGAUAAUCUUGAAAGCACAGGAAUGCAGGUAAUAAACUUUGACACGGCUCUGUCAGAUCAAAUGGAAAGUUUUAAGAAACAGGAAAUGAGAGAAAGCACAGCAAACAUAAGCGAUACUUGUAAGAAGACCAAUGAUUCAUCCAUUCAGAUUUGCAAAGUGGAGGCUGAAGAAGAAGAUAGAAAUGAGUUUAAUGUUGAAAGGAAUUUGAUAAUCUUUGACUUGAAUUCCAAAGGUGGCUAUGACUAUGGUGGAAAUGGAGCUGAAAUACUCGAGGCCAAAGUGCUUCCUUGUUCAAGGUAAUCAUCCAUGCGAGUGUAGUUCACUUCUGGAUAAAGCUGUGAAGCUUCUUCUCCUCCUUCCCCAAUUUCAAAGUUUGUCAAGCAACCUUCGAAGAAAAUGUGGUAAAAAUGUCCUAAUCCA